UAUAGCAUUACAGGCAAUUCUAGCGUCAUCAAUGCGUUUAAUGAUCCGGGCACAGGUGCUAUAAAUUUAAAUCAACCACAGCCAACAGAAACCACCAUACACCAAGAAGGAGGAGGAAGAAAAUCUAGCCCUACACUGAAGUUAGUAGAUUUAUAUGAUGAGAAAAGCUACGAAGCGGACAAAAUUGCAUCAGAUCUGUCAAUCCACCAACAUCCUCGUCGUACUUGUGAGUACACCUGUACAUUUACGAAUUCAGAUGAGGAAAAGGAAAAAGAGGAAGAUGUAACCAAGUUUAAAAAUACUUCAAAGUCAGAAUGGAUGUUGGAUGGUGUCUAUAUUUUUGAUUUAUGCCUUAAUUCCAAGAAAACAAAUCUGAAAUUGGCUGAACGCACUGAUCCAGUACAACUCUCAGAUAUUCGCCUCCUCACCUUG